GCGGGUUUUGUUUUCUACGCGUGGUCGCCUAGCAUUUCUUUUAAGGCCGAGCCAUUCUAUGCAACCUUGCUAACUUUUAAGAAUCUAAUAUAUCCAUUGAGUCUGCAAGGAUGUGGUCCCAAAUUCUUCCCCUUCAUUUGUUUUUGUAUCCAGCGCAGUUUAUACAACCGUUCCAUUAGUGUCUCACCUAGCACUUAUUCUUACUGCUCAGUGGACGUAUGCUUUUCCAGUGAUAUGCAUUAUUUCAAUUUUUAGUGAUGCUGGUAAAUCACUUUUCGCACUACGCCCAAGGAGAAUGCAUAUAGUACACGUACCAGUUCUCAAAGGACUUGAUUUGUCGGCAGAAGGGAGGUGAAUUAUUAUGUUGUACAUUAAUACUUGACCCAUCCAGUCGGUCAUAAUAAUACAUAUUUUACACUUGGAAAUUAUCCCAAAUGCGACAGUGUUUUGGCUACCAAAUACUUUACUUUUUUUGAACAGUGAUGCCUUCAUUUUCAAAUGGAUUUAAUUAGGGAGAUUCCUUUCACUUAUUACGGUUCAUGAUUAGUGAAUGGUUCGAAGGUUGUCCCCUAGUGUUACCCAUUGUUUUUCGUGUACGUGGUAGUUGUUUAUGAACUAAAAAUAGCAUCAAUGUAGAACCUUGAAAAUAAAGUGUAUCAGGUUAAUACGUUAACAUAUGAAUUUCGCAAUAAAUAAUGUGAUUACUAAAGCCGAGUAAUUAAAUCAGUCAGCCAUAUACAGUGUAAAGCCUGACGUGUGCGUCAAUUCAGGUUUCAUAUUUGUUUAUUGAUGUGAACUUAUUGGUACAAUGGCACACCAAAAUAUAUAUGCGCGACACAAUGACGUUAUCACUCAAUGUGUGGGCUCUGAUACUGUCCGGGUGGUUUUCUUAGGGAACAACUUCACGGACCUUUGACCUAGAGAUCUAGUUCACAUCGCAGUAGAGCGACGUUGGUACAUACAGUCCCAACAUUAGGUUCAUGCGCUAUUUGCUCCCUCAGGAUCCUGGAACCCAUGUGCACCAUCGGUCUGAAACCAUGGUUUUCUAGCUCCCUUAUGUGGAUGCACUGUGCCCACCAACCCAGUUAAAGCACUGGUCAUUUGCUUUUCAGCCUCCUAAUUUCGUAAGUAACACCAUCACCACAAGGUAGUGAGUAGGACUUCUCUGACAGUGGCUGUAUAUGCGUGGCCAUAUGAGAGGGAGUGGGAACUCUCCUCACACAGGGCAUUUGGGGAAGUUGACAUGCAACGUUAGGAUUGCGAGACAAAGGUACCAAGAAACCCCAGAGUCGUAGAAGUAACAGUAUCUGUAGUAAUAUAAAAGACUACGUAAUGAAAAACAACAUAGGUGUAUUUCGGGAUUCAAGAACUAGGGGAGAUAAAGAGAAGUAUAUUGUUUGGUACUUACUUACUUACUUACGCCUGUUACUCCCAAUGGAGCAUAGGCCGCCGACCAGCAUUCUCCAACCCACUCUGUCCUGGGUCUUCUUUUCUAGUUCCAUCCAAUUCUUGUUCAUUUUUCUCAUAUCUAUCUCCACUUCCCGGCGUAAUGUAUUCUUUGGUCUUCCUCUCCUCCUUCGACCUUGAGGAUUCCAUAUGAGGGCUUGUCUUGUGACGCAGUUCGGUGCUUUCCUCAAUGUGUGUCCUAUCCACUUCCAGCGAUUUUUUCUGAUUUCUUCCUCCACUGGGAUCUUAUUUGUUCUCUCCCACAGUAGGUUGUUGCUAAUAGUGUCCGGCCAACGGAUCCGAAGUAUCUUACUUAGACAACUGUUAAUAAACACCUGUAUUUUUUGGACGAUGGAUUUCGUAGUUUUCCAGGUUUCCGCCCCAUACAGUAGAACUGUCUUGACAUUUGUAUUGAAAAUUCUGAUUUUGGUGUUGGUUGCCAAUUGUUUUGAGUUCCAGAUAUUCUUCAGUUGUAAAUAUGCUGCUCUUGCUUUGCCAAUCCGUGCCUUCACAUCUGCAUCAGAUCCACCGUGUUCAUCGAUGAUGCUGCCCAAAUAUGUAAAGGUUUUUACAUCUUCCAAAGCUUCUCCGUCAAUUGUGAUUGGAUUGUUGCAUGCUGUGCUGUAUCGAAGAAUCUUGCUUUUCCCUUUGUGUAUAUUGAGACCUAUUGCUUCUGAGGCUGCAGCUACACUGGUCGUCUUCUCCUGAAUUUGUUGUUUCGUAUGCGAUAGAAGAGCCAGAUCAUCUGCGAAGUCUAGAUCAUCCAAUUGCAUCCUAGCUAUCCACUGUAUCCCGUGCUUCCCUUCAGAUAUAUUGUUUGGUACUUAUUGGAAACAUAGGAGUGAAUAAUUCGGAGUGAUCAUUUGAUUACAAACAAUCUUUUCAGUUAGCUUAUUUGAUUCAUUGACUUUCCGUGAAUUCAUAAAACAAUGUUAUAUUUUGUCCUGGUUGGCUUUUAACUUUUUCUAAGUUUGUCCUACCAUAGUUGGCAUUGUAGAUGGGGUCAACUGUAGCUGCGUACAUAACUGCUGUAAAAGGUUUUCUCGUUUGCCAUACCCCACUUUCACCUGAUCAUUAACAUAUUUCUCAACCACUUCGUUCAACAGAAAUUCAUUAUUUCAGUCAGUUUUUCGUAGCCUAAAUUUGCAUCUCACCAUCACAUUUUUGACUAGCGUUCAGUGAAUAUGAGAAGUACUUUAAAGUUAUAUUUGCCCCAAAACUCAAUAUAUGCAUAUCUUCAACUCUCAGCUAUCAUGUUUUUGGUACUGUUUUUGUACCUAAUAGAUUAUGUUGGUUGGGCUUUAACUGUUACAUCAUUUUAGUUUUUGAUUUUCUAUUUUGUAAGCAAUUUUUUUCUAUUAAUUUUAGAUGUCAUUAACAGACCAGUUAAGAGCCUUAGCAGUGCCGAUUACAUCCAGCUAUGUAGUUGACAGUGUUAACCGCAAGUCUUUGAUAUAUGAAGAUGCUUCGAAAAUCGACACUCAGUCUUGUUAUUCAAGCUGUUUAAAGUCGUUUGAAAAACUAUGUGAAAUGGAUAACGCUUUUACCUCAUUUGCCAGUACAUUGUUUUCUGUGACGUCAUGUCAACUGGAAAUGUGCAAUCUCUUACGUCAAGAAAAAGCAAAACUCGACAACGAAAUCUCCAAGUUCCUAUGUUACAUUUCUUCUUUUCUUAAGCAUUUUGUUGCUGUACAAGCUUUAGAAUGGCUAGUAUUCAAAUUUCAGAUUCAUAUACAUUAUGUUGAAGAUUUUAUUCGCUGCAUCAUUCCAUAUCAUGAAACUGGUCUAUUCGUUAAGUUUAUUCAAAUUUUAAAUUUUCAGCAGUUACCUUCUUGUUUCCAGUGGUUAAAACCAUAUGCUGAAAGUGGUAAAGGCAUAUCACGGCAAGAAUUCGCUCGACUAUGUAUCCGAGAACAUACCCUUGUUCCAUUUAUAUGUACAGCCAUCCUUAGUUAUACGGAAUGUUGUCGCGAUUUGGUGCCAACAAGACUUAAUGAUAUGACUAAUUUUUUUUUGGGAAUUGUAACCGCGUUGUGUGAUUCUGGUGUUCCUGAGAAAAAACUUAUCAAGAUAUUAGACUCUUUUCAGGAUGUCAUAAAACACGGAUUACAAUCUAUGAAUAUAGUUCCUUUUCAAUGCGCCACAUUUUUGGUCGUAAUACGUUUCAGUUUGAAGUUGGUAAUUAAUCAAGAACUAGUUCUCGAUUGGAUAUCUUGUAUUUUGAAGAAAACUCGACCUUCUUGUGAAUGGGAAUCAAUGCGUAUUGUAAUCCAACUGAUGCGAAAUCAGCGUAUUCCUUUGUUACCUCCAAAACUUACUGAGCGUCAAAAUGUCUUACUUUCCAAGCUAUCUCCUGAAGAACAACGCAUAAUUGAAGAAGAACAGUCGGCGCUAGUCAAUGAAUAUAAUGAUCCUAAUAAGUUAGCGGCGGAGUGUAUGCAGAAGUUUGAUUAUGUUCAAAAAGCUACACAGUUUGUUGAUGUUAAUAUAAAAAGCUUUGGGUCAAAAAUAACGGAACAAAAAACUGACGAUAUUUUAUUGAAAGAAGAGCUCAAGUUGAAAAUCGAUGGAAUUCAUGCAUUUUUGUCGAGCAUCCCUAAUGUAGGCUGCUGUGUAAUGAAUUGCACUUUAUCUUGUCCUAGCGGACCUUUACCAAAUUCUGAGUGUUGGUUAUCUGAUGUGUUACUCGAAAUAUUUUCUGGUGAAUGUUUUUGUAACAAUAAUUCUGAUCAGCAUAAAAUACAUUAUUCAAAAGUAGAAAUACGACAUUAUAUUCGAUUAUUAAGAUUGGUUAAGUCUUCUAUAAAGGUUCACGUAGAUUCAAAUAAAUAUGCUCAGGGGGUGGUAGUUGCAUCAGGUACACCGAAGCCAAAAUGUUCCCGUAAAUCAAUGUCGACUUUAUGUGGUUUGUUACAAAAAGGCAUUGACAAAGUUUUACCACUCUUGGUUGCUUGCUUGUCACAUCCUGCUGCUACUAUUCGCGUAGAGGCGUACGAUAUCUUACACUUUUGGCUCAAGAAUGAUUUAUCAAAAGAUCUGGAACGCAUGCCGAAUUUUUCUACCUUUUGCUCAAAUUUCGAUUUGACUUCGGAUUUUUCAGCUCAGAUAGAUGAGCUGUUUCCCGAGGAAGUAAGAGAGUUGCUCCUAGGCGAUCCACUCUACUCAUUAAACAAAGUAGCUUCUGUUCUGAUCAAACCUGUUGUUCGCCUGUUAUUCAGUCAAACAUUGGACUUGGGUACCUCGGAGGCUUGCUCAGAAAGUAAAUUUUCCAUAGUUUGCUGGAAGGUUGGUCUACGUUUACUAAAUGAGGAUACCGUCGGUGAUAUUCUUCUUAUUCCGAGUAGUUCAAAUGAAGAAUCUGUCAGAGGCUGGUCUGGAUUUCUAAAUUUGAUACAGUGCUCCAAUAUUCAUUUCAUCGAUUUACAUCAUAUAUGUUUAUCACGUCUUAAUCCAGCAUUAUUUGCAUCUUUAGAAUGUUCUCAUCUUUCAAUCGAUUCUAUUAAAGAGAGAACAUCAAUUUUGCGGAAAUCAACUGGCUGUUUGCAAACUCUCAGUAGAGAUAUGUCAAGCACAGAUCCUUAUCAGGGACCCCAAUUUAGUAUCCUUGAUGCUUUAUAUAAGCUUGGUCAUGAUAAUGUGCAGACUAAUUUCGAUUCCGUUCACAAAGUAUUUUCUCGUCUUCAUCUAAAUGCAGUUCAUUUUGAUUAUAUGUUCAUCAAAUCAGACCCGUCAAGAACAGUUGGUGGCGACAACAGGUCAUUAUUUGCUCGAGUUGCUGAAGCCCGAGAAUCUCGUCGACGUAGUUUACGACUACGGAAAACGAGGGAGGCUAAUUUGGAAUUAUUAAAUGAUGAUAAGAAAACCUAUUCAGAAAGAAUUCGCUUGCGAUUUCUUAGUAUGUUAUUGUCUAUUUUAACUGAAGCCGUGCCACGGUUACAAUCAUAUGAAAUCGCACCUACGGUUCAGAAUAAAUCGAAAUCUGUUGAUUUGAAUACAUCACUAACAGCUGUAGAUACAAAAUCACCAAAUAUUGGCGUAAAGAAAAUAAAAGAUCACAGUUUGCCGAUGAAUGAUUUGAUCACUCCACUAGUUAAUCAUCUUACUAGCAUAUUAAACAUGGAGCAAAAUUUGAAACAAAUAGAAGCAAAUGCAAAUCAAACAAAUGUUCUCCCAGAGUCUGAUACAGAUAGUGAUCUAGAAUCACUACCUGGUGAUUUGUCUGAUAUCCAUAUGGAUCAAGAAGCAGCAGAUAUGUCGCCCGUUAAUGAAGACUCGUGCAUUCGACCACUGUUACGUCAGUGCAUUUAUAAACUUCUGAUUUGCAUCACAACUAUAUUUGCCGAAGGAAAUCGUUGUAAGCGACCUCGUAGAAAACGUUCUCAUCGGCAAACACCAACAGACCAGACAGGUUUACUUUAUUGUUUAACAUCUGCACAAGUUGCUGUGGAUCCAAUUUUCCUCUGCCUCGCUGUUUACCCUGACUGGAUAUCCUUGCAUCAACAAGUUCUACUUUGCUUUAUUGAACUGUCUGUCAUGUUUCCCGGUGCAUUAUGUCAUCAUUUGGUGUCCUUGGUGCAAUGGGUUGCGUGCAAUCGUCAGCUUAUGCGUUUGGAUAACGCUCAUAAUCGUAGUAUUUUGGGACGUCUAAUAUUAGUAACUGUUCCAGCGCUUAUCCGAGCGUCUUCUGAGCAAAUUUCUGCUGGUCUUCAUGUGCUAUAUCUCUUUGUUAUCAGAUUUUCUGAGUUCACUAAUUUGGCUCGGCGUCGUUUAGCACUUUACACUGUUCUAAUUCGUGGUUUGUCUCAAGUAACUGGACCAUUCAUAACAGAUAGUGAACUAAAUCAGUUUAUUACACAAAAACAAAUUACAGAUGAAAUAAAACCAACCAAAAGAGUUGAGGGGGUUGCACGUGGAAAUGAAUGUAAAAUCUCAUUACGGCCUAAAGAAAGUUGGAUUGGAAGUUGGUUGUGGGUUACAUCACUUGUGUUCUUGAAGAAAAAUUGGCAAAUACAAUCAGUUGCUGAUGAAGUUGGACCUUUUCUUAUCGAGUUGUUCAGUCAUUUCGGAUGGGAUCAUCAAGUGCUUGGACUAUGUGAAUGCAUAGAUUUUCUGACAUAUUUGUGUAUGAAUUCUUGUGAUUAUAAGCUUCCUCAAGUUGACGUUUCAGAGAACAGCGGUAACGUCUACGUUGAAAUCGGUCAUUCUCAAAAGCGGCUAAAAUUGAGUUCGUCAUUUGCGAAUCCCAGCAAAUCACCAACCAACAACUUAUCAAUUGGUGCCACCGAAUCUCUGCCAAACGACGGUAAUGUGAACACGGCGACUUCUUUCAGUCAACUCGCGUCUUUUAUUUUCAAUUUAGAUAACACAAUUCAAACAAGCGAACAAAUCCAAACAUCUUUGAACAAUUCUACUGUUGUGACGUUGAACGAAAUGUGGCCCUUAAUCAGUCGAACUAUACAGUUUAUUGUAGCCCUAAUAAGAAAUCCUAAUUAUUGUGAUAAAGUUCAAACAGCUUCUAGCGAUCCAUCAGGUUUAAGUGCUGUUUAUGGUCGGUUAGUGGAACAUAUUGUUCAGUUAAUGCUCGUUGUGGCUACUUUCUUGACGAAAGUAAAAAAAUCGGAUGAAAAAAUGACAGAUGUAGUCUCUUGUGCUGAUGAAACAUUGUCCAGUUUGCAAUCGAUUUUAGUACAGAUCUUGGAUUCAGUUCCUGGUCGAGUAUUCAUUUCCAUGAUCUUAGAUUUAUUCUCCUGUGAAAACCGUGGACUUCGUCGGAAAGCUCUCGACUUAUUAUCUGCUAAAUUGACAAGUUUAACUGCAAAUAUUCAUCCAGUUCCAAUUUUAACUGAUUUUACUAAAAUGAAUUACAAAUCUUUCCUAAAGUCGCAUAAACAUUUAGUUAGCCGAAAUUUUGUUGAUUUAAAUCGUACCAUGGAGGCUGGUUUAGUUCAGUUUACUGGAAAGCUAAUUUCAUUCUAUAAUCUGAAAUGUGGCAAGAUGGAUGGUUCCUUAAGGUCAAAACAUAGUACCGUUUUUGGUUCAGGAUUUUCACGCCAGUGUCUAGCUUGUUUGAGGAGUUUAACCAAAUUAUUGGCCUACCAUUAUCCAGGGGAAUUCAUGAGGGCUUUGGACAGUUUAAUGACAGUUCCUAGUAAUUGGUGGAUUAAUGUUGGUGUUACAGAUGCUCAUCAAGCUUCAGUUAACUCAACUGAUGAACCGCUUGUGGAAAGCAAUCCACAUGGACAUCAUUUCGGGUCAUCUCUUGCUGAGUCAAGAUCCUUAGCCUGCUUGUUUUUUGUUGAAUGUUUACAACGUUUACCACCACAGUCUUUAUAUCCGGAAGCUAGCGCAACUACAUCCCGCCUUAGUUGGUUACUUUCUUUUGCGUUAGACCAUGGUUAUACUUGUACAUCUUUUGCUUCUUCACCAAAGUUGUCUGUAAAACAAUGUUCUGUGAACUCACCAUGUAAAUCAGAUCGUUACAUGAAAUUGGUGACUGGUACUAUGCACUCAAGAGAUCAGCACUUAUUGGCUAGUUUAACGCUGAUCAGCAAUCUACUUGAGUUAGCCAUCAUUCAUCGGUUAUGUCAGCAGUCUAAAGGUGACUACUCUUCAGACAAUACUGAAUCAGCUAUUGGAAAGUGGUUAGAAUUUGAGAGUACGACUAAGAAAAAUACGAAUAAUUCUGCGUAUCAAGAACCUGUUGCAGUAACACUGCUAAGUUUUGUAUUUCAGCUCCGCAAAGACAACUUGUCAACACUAACAGGUUGUAAUCCAGAACGUUCUAGUUCUGUAUUUCGUCAGAUUUUAAACCUUAUUGAACACAUACAUAAACUUCUCCGUCACGUAACAGAAGUCAGUUAUUUACUCACAUCAAUUCGGAUUGUAAUUGAAAAAGCCUCUAAAACGAAUAGUAACACUUUAUUACAUGGUGCUUUGUCUUUCUUAUCUGAUUUUGGCGAAUCCAUGGCACCCAUUGAAGAGAACGGUGUGUUUGCUUCUAAAGAUGAAAAUCAGUUACAUUCUUUCGCAACAAUGCAUGCUACUCAGCCCGACCUGACAUGGCGCUUGAUCCAUACGUGUUUGUGUACUGUUGUGAAUCAACUGAAUGAAGCUGAUCUUCGAAAUACUACAGAAUUAAAAAAUAACGAUAUGCUUUUAUAUCUCUACCGUUCUGUCGCUAGUUUAAUCAGUUCAUUACCAGAUGAUAAUGCUCGCCUGAAAAUUUGUCAACAGUUGUUUACAUGGGUCAAUGUUCAAGAUAAUGAAAAAGAAUCAAUUGAUCAAAUCAAAGAUAUCACUGAUCAGAUGCUACUACGUUUAUCAGUUGUAUUCAGGAUAAUGGAAAGAAUUCCAGAUUAUCUGAACACAGAAGAAUUUUCUGAAUUAAGCAAACAGUUGUAUUUAGUUGAUUAUAUUGUUCUAAUAUUCAUCAUAGCUGUUGGUAAUAAAUUUAAAGGUGCUAAAAAAUUGUCCAAUCGGUUAGGUUUUGGCCGAUCGCUUCAAUGCUAUUCUGAUGGAGCUACAUCUUGUGUUUUAAUUUGUAUUCAUGCUUCAUUGUCAUGUUUGCGCAAAUGGCUUGUUGGAGAGGUGAAAAAUGUUGGAUGUCUGGAUGCUGCCUCAAUCGGAGAAUCUGUACAAUAUAUUCCCUCUGUUUUAAUUGGAUUACUCGAUAUAUCUUUUCCAUCUUCUCAUGCACCCCCAAUAAAUGAAACUGAUAUUCAAGAUGUAUUAGGCUCAUAUUUGAAUGCAAUAUGCGGUGAUGAAGCCUAUCUUCGUCCACUUGGUUCCGCACUGACUGAACGUAUUAUGCACUCCACGUACUGGCGUACUAGGUUGGCUGCAAUUCGAUUGUUAAAGUUUGUCUUUAAUCAUUCAAAUGAGCAUGAAAUUGACAAUGAUAAGGAUAUUACAAUGGAUUCAAAACUUUCUGGUCCUGUCAGUUGUAUUGUAUCAGAUUCACUAUUAGCUCUGUCAGAAGCGUUAGAAGAUGACCGACCAGAAGUUGAAACUGAAGCCAAUAAACUAUUUGCUGAAUUAGAACAAAUGGGUCUGACUGUCACAAAACCGUAAACUAUUAAAUUACCACAAGCUCUAUCAGCUAAUAAAACUAAUAAUUAUUUUGAAAUAAAUCCUUUUGUAUAGUCCUUCCUAUGUGCUUUCUAACUCAUGUGAAUAAAUAUAAUUUUGUGUCAAAGAUAUCAUUUGUACAUGGUUUCAGUUUAUGUCCUGAUCAAUUAUAUUUUUUUGAC